AUGCAGUCGCCAGCGAAACGGCGGCCUAGGCUGGGCCACGCGACGCCGUCGGCGCUGGAGAACCUGCCGCCGGUCGCCUUGGCGAGAGUCAUUGCGAGGGCCGGGCCUCGCGGCGCCGCUUCGCUAGCCUGCGCCAGCAAGACUCUCCGCGCUGCCGCAUCCUCCGAAGAGCGGUGGCGCCGGUUCUGUGCCGACGACAUCGGCAUCGAUGCUCCAGUGGAUCCUGAAGGCCGUGUGCUCCCCAGCUUCAAGGCAACAUACGUGUCUUGGUUGCGAUCAUUUCGCAUGUAUCCCUUGCCACUAGUGAAAAGGGUGAAAAUGUUCUGGACAAUGUUAAAAAGCUGGCUUUCUGAAUUCUUUCCUGGCGCACUUGAAACGUUUGCUGAAGGUCUUUCUGAUACUGACAUAAGAAUAGCAGAGUAUGAGCUUGGUUUUCAGCUCCCUAUGCCCACAAAGUUAUUGUACCGCUUCUGUAAUGGUCAGCUUUGGAGAAAUGACCUGCAAUCGUGUGGCAUCAUUGGAGGCUACGAGUUCUACUACCAUGAAAUGAUUAAUGUGCACUUGUUACCUCUCAAGCAUGCUGUUGAGCGUGCCAAAUCUAACUACAUCGUAGUUGCUGAUACUUCUUUUGAAGAAAAAACUUUUCUCCUUGAUUGUCUGAGUGGCCAACUUUACGUUGUCACCAAAAAUUUUAAAUCAAAUGGCGAAAUGAUGCCAUGUGUACCUAACUCACUGAUAAGGCUGCACACAGAUAAUAAUCAUAUGCCACAAGAUGGACUCCUUUUGUGGCUGGAGGAGCACCUUAGGAAACUACAGAGUGGCCUGAUCAAGGUGCAGAUUUCUAACUUCAGAAGGGAUGCAAGACACAUCAGUUUGUAUCCAGAAACACCGCCAACCUGUUCAAUAGCAGUUACACAUGGUAUAAAGGUCCGUGCAUCUGCUGUUUUUGUUCCAGAAGAUUCAUCUGUCUACGGUGACCCAUGCAAAUAUGUUUACUAUUACUUUAUUCGCGUAUCACUUCCUGAUGCAUGCAAUGUAGAUGGCAAGUGCUACUCUUCCUGCCAGUUUCAAUCAUGUAGCCUAACUAUUCGAACAGGAAAUUGUCUCUCAUGAA